UCACUAUAAGUUGAUGCUGAAAGUACUGGGCGCAAUUUGCGCCACUUAAAAAUUUUUUCCGGACUCAAAUGAAGGGGUCGAUAUGAAAACAUAUCGCUUGAUGGAGCUACUGACCAACUCCAACCCUCCCCUGGUCCUCCUUUCAAAUCAUUUAAAUCAAAGAGAAAAAGGAGAUGAUGAAACUGAAGACAUUUUAGUUUUUUCGUGCUCAAACCACAGACCCAUCAUGUCGCCCAAAUGAGUGGCGAGGAAAGGUCCUAAAUUGAACAAAAUGAAAUUAGGGCGCCACGACAGGCCUGCAGUUCUGCGCGUUGAUUCAGUCGCCAUAGCGCUUCAUCGUUGCGAUGGAGCGUGUUUUGCAAUGGAGGUAAGGGCGACUGAAGUAAAGGGUGAUGAUUGCCUCACACAUGCGAAAACCAAGUCAAAAGCGACUGGUAUCGCAGGGUGUGCGAUUAAGAUGCCCUUCAUGCAAAUCUUUCUUUGUGUAAAUUAUAGCCUACUCGACCUCGUUUCAGGUCGGUAGAAGAAGCUAGCCAAGAGCUACCGCCUACUUUAGGCCGGCGGAGCCAGAAGCUAGCCAUGCGAUACCUUUUCGCUGUGCGAUGUCAUCACCUUACCCAGAUCCUCGCUACAAGACAAACCGACCGAUGAUAGGGUCGGCCUGCACUUAUACUGAUCGCUCACGAGAUGAGCGACACAGCAAGCGAGGUCAAAUUUCGAUGCGAAGCGAUGAAAUUCGAGAACGAGAGUUUUCUCGUCCAACAGAAACCAAGGUGCUUAUCUGAAUUCGCAUAAAGAUGAAAGGUAAAGAGCGAAGAUGAAAACGAAGCAGCUGAAGGACGUGCUAAGAUUGUGCGGCUGAUGUUCUUUCGAUCUCUUUCGUUGAGCUUUCAGGAUGUAAGAACAGAACUAUAUUUUCAAUAUAAUUGGACGUCUCCUGUGAUAGUGAUACUUUUCCUGUGCGACCUGACAAACAAGAAGAAGAUGCGAACAUGACGGUGGCGCAAUCUUCUCAGCUGCGAGACGCCGUUUGGCCGGAUCCUUAUGGUCAUGACGAGGACGUCGACACAGGGGAGCGGUCCGAAACAGCCGCCGCCGUUGCCGAAAGGCGGAUCCCGCAUCAGCAUCCGCUCCGCGUGGACGAUGUUUCGCGCCUUUCCGCUACGCCCGUGCAGCGCGUCUUUUUCCCUCGCAGCGAGGAAGAUGUCGUCGCGAUUUUGGAGUUCGCGGUCAAAACGCGGUCACAAAUUGCCGUCCGCGGCACGCAGCACAGCAUGGGCGGACACUGCAUGGCAAAAAAUGGAAUCCUGAUUGACACCAAGUGUUUACACCUGAUGCGGCUCGACAGCACCGCGUCACGCGCGACGUGCGGCCCGGGGUGUCGGUGGAGUGACCUCAUCUUCUUCUUGAAUCAGGUCGGGCGGUCGCCGCGCACCAUGCAGUCGUACUGCUCGUUUUCCGUGGGCGGCACGUUGGCGGUGAACGCCCACGGAAUCACGACGGACUUCUGCUUUGCCGAGAGCGUGACUUCGUUCCGACUGGUCGUCGUGAACGGCGACGACAGUGUUGAGGUGCUGACGUGCGCGCGCGAGUCUAGUGAUUCUCGUUCCCGGGACCUGUUCUCCCUCGCAUUGGGCGGGUUCGGACUGUUCGGCGUAAUUACGGAAGUGACGCUAAAGGUCGUGGAGAACGCUACGCUGGAAAUGGACGCAAUGCAACUUUCGACCAGAGCUUCUUCGGCAGUUAGCAGUACACAAACAGCUCUGGCCUCCGAGUUCGAGCGCAUCUACCAUGAGACGCGCUCCUGGACGCCAACAGCAACAUCUCCUGCAUCUACUCCGCGUGAUGAACAGGAAUUUUUACCUGUUGAUUUUCCAUCACCAGGAGUUGGUGCAGUUGAAAUGAAACUGGCUCGGCUGAACAUUUUGAACUGUGACUCGGCGUCUCUUUACAUCUUUCGGCGGGGCGACGCGGGCGCCACCAUUUCGUCGCUGCCGCUUGCGCCGCGGCGGCUGACGCCCUGGAAACGAAUCUUGUACAAGUGGGUGGCCCCCGCGGGCAAGGAGCUGCGGUACCUGCUGGAGGGUCAAACGGGCACCGCGGUAGAUUGGUCCUUGGAUGAGGGGGCGAGCAGAAACGACCUGCUGUUUGAAUCGGCGGACGAUUUGGCCCGGCUGUAUGAGCCCUUGUUCGUGGCCGACGACACGUUCAUCCUGCAGGAGUUUUUCGUGCCUGCGCAAGCCUUCCAGGCGUGGAUCGACAGCGCCCGCCCGAUCUUCGCAGACAUCGACGCGCGGGAAAGCGAAUCGGGAGUGAUUCUGUUGAACUGCACGAUCCGGUUUGUGGAGGAAGAUAAGGACACUGUGCUGGCGUACAGCCGGUUUCCCGGCGGCUGUUUCGCGUUCGUGCUGUACUACCGGCUGCCGCGACAGCCGCGCAGCGUUGAGUCGGAGGUACUGGCCGAAUACCACCGCCGGUUUCUCACGUGUACGCUCAACGUACACGGCAGUUUCUAUCUUCCCUACCGGAAGUGCUACUCACGGGAAGAAUUCAAGAAAGCCUACCCACGGGCCGCGGAAUUCGCCGCGAUGAAGGAAAAGCAUGAUCCCAAAGCGAUGUUCGCAAACGCUUGGUUUGAGGCUUAUGUCCUUCCGGAGUGUUCGACACGGUAUCAGAAAGAAUACGGAAUUAUCGGAAGUGGUCAUGAUGUUGACCGAAGCAGGACUGAAUCUGAAUGCGGCGGCGGGGGGUUCCUGCGAGAUGUGGAUGCACCGCUGCUCUUCCCCGCCAUCCGCGCGUCGUGGUAUCUCCGGAGCGCGGCUGAUUUUCCACGAGCGCAGCAGCCCGACCUGAUUCGACGCCGGUAUUCCAGCUACAGACGACUGAUGCAGAGCAAGCGGCUGCGCCGCGCCUUUGAGACGCAAUUUCUCGUGCGUAUCUUCAACGUGGGCGAUCCCGGGGAAAUCAUGCGCGAAAUGGGGAGGGCGUGCUGGGAUCCCGCGAACGCGAGCGACAUCGAAAUCUUUCGCCACUUGCGUCGCCAGUGCGCAAUCGCAGGCGACGAUGAAACGUCCUCGCGCAACCCGGUCACAACGGCUUUGCAGAAUUGGAAAGCGCUGCGGCAAGGCGCAAGGCAGAAGCAGGAGUUGGUCCGGCAGCUUGCGAGCGUUUUCACCCGCCUCGGCGGCUCGUCCCGGAGGUCCCGCUCGAAAAACUCGAACCGCAAAAACGACGAGAAAAUCGAGAUCGAUGGGUACGUGUCGAUUGGCGACCAUGGGAAGUUGGUCCUGCAGAUGCGCGAGCAUUUUCGCAUUACUGGUAGAGUGUAUGUUUGCCACGACGCGGUCAACAUGCCGUCGUGUUCCGGGAGUGGGGUCCUGCCCGCCAUCAUCGAGCGUGGAAGCCUCACCCUGGUCGGGCAGCCGGUGCAUUUCGACCUGUUUCAAAGAGCCGACUGGGCGCGUGACAUUCCCGACGCCAGCGUGGAUCUGGUGACCAUGAGCCAGGGACUACACCACAUCCCGCCGGACGAGCGUCUGCUGGCCUUCCUCCAGGAGGUCCUGCGGGUGCUGCGCCCGGGAGGCUGGUUCGUCUUUCGGGAGCACAAUCUUGUCCUGAUUCCGGAGUCGGGCUCGGGACCGCGCCCACGUGCAUCAUCUUGCACGACGACUUCCAGGACCGCGAAGCGCCGAAAUAAGAACGAGCCGUGCCUCGAGCAGCCGCCCGGCGUGGGCGUGGAAAUGCUGGACCUCGCACACUCGGUAUUCAAUGCGGUGACGGGGGUGGCCGAGGAACACGAGGUGCGCGAGAUCCGGGCGUUUCGACCGGUGAGGGAAUGGCGCGAUAUCUGCACCAAUGUCGGGUUCGAAGACGCCAUGCUGUUCGAGAUCGAACCAGGCGACUGCACCUGGGACGAAAUGCUGCUCUUCUGUAAACCUCAACUUGAGAAAGAGCCAGAUGCAAAAGUUGAUCAGCCGGACGCGAAAGCAAAACUGAACACCGCUUGUUCCACGUACGAUGUCGCGACGGCUGAGCUGCCGCCUCCGCCCGUGGUCGACAUUAUCAAGACAAUUCUGGGGCAAGUUCCUGCCUCCGUUGCCAAAAACCUCGCGUGCGUUUUGGCGACCAUCGGGGAGGAGGUGUUGCCUGCUAUCGGGCGCAGCUUCGAAAAACUCCUCGCGAAGGACGUGCUGCCGAAACAGUUCGCCGAAAAAGCCGGCCCCGCCUUUGCGAAUUUUCUGGCCACCAGCGGUAGAGCGAUUCAAAGGGUGCGCCAGAUGCUGGAAAAGGUGAAAGUGCGAGAAGUGCUCCAAAUCGGGGAUGACGUACUGCCAAAUGAGCUGUUUCUCAUCGUGCCGUACCUGCAAUGGCGAGAAAAAACUUCGCUGCAAGCCGAAGCAGGUGCAGCAGCGCCAGACGGCUCGUCGUCUCCGCCCUCCCCUUCGGCCGUCGGGGAUAAGAUUGGAGGCCAGCAGUUGGGGGAUCUGGAGCGCAUGGCAUUACAGGCUUGUCGUGACUACCUUCCGUUCCUGCUGCUACCCGAAGCAGAUAUUUCCGCAGCGGUGGACCGGUCAAAUGGAAGAAGCGUGCCUCAGCCUUUACCAGAACCAGAGGCACAAAAGCCGCAGCAGGAAAAACAACAUCAAGAAGAACAACGCAACCCCCAUGUCGCACUCACGGGCGAUAUCAAUCCGACACGCCCUAUCUCGGCGUGGGGGGACAAGGGACUUGGUGAAAAUACGCCGAGCCGCUCACGCGAGAGAGGCGAACGGAAAAAGUUGGGCCCGGACGAGGAGGUUACCGCUGAGAUGGUGUAUCAGGAGCUGUUGCGGCUAGACGCCGAAAAGCCGGGCCUGCUCAAGCCGGAGACCCUAUCCAGGACGGGGUUCACAGUGCGGCAGCAAACAGCUCUAGUGACCAAGUUCGGAGGCAAGGACCUGCGUCAGGCGGCCGAGAAUCUCGCAUGGUACCUUACUCCAAGCGUCUGGAACGAGAUGCUCGAAGCAAUUGACGAGGUCUGCCAACUCCAGGAUCAUUACUCAUCUUGUGACGCGAUCGUAGUUCCAACAAAAGAGCGGUUGUUCGGCGAGACGGUUCCGGUGCAUCCCUGGCACCGGGUUCUCUUUGCCUUCCUGAAGUCUCCGCAAGUGCGUUUCACGGCCACAGGAAAGAUGGGAGUGCGAAUGGUCGGGCUAACUGAACUGGUAUCGCUCUGGGAGCUUGCGCAGGAAAAGCGGGCCGAAGACGAAGAAGCAGAAAAAAAGGCCACGGGGCAGGACGGGAAUCCAAUUUCACCUGACGUUCUGGAGGCGCAACGCAAGGUGACUGCGCAGGCUGCCGCGUUGGCAAGUGCUAGCGGAAACGAGUUGCGACGGCUAGCCAGCAGGGUGCUGGCGACUGCGCAAAAGAAACGGCCGCGCACUAAGGAGUUCCUUUUUGGGGCCACAGGUGGCACAACUACCGGCAGAACUGCAAGCACUACUUCGGAGGUGGUACAGAUAGCCAAUGUCGGAAGCAUUUUACAAGCGGAAUUCGGAUAUACCAGCUUGACGUCGAGGCCUGCCAACAUUACAAAGGCGCUACGGCAGUUGUACGAGCAACAACUGCAGAGCCAGAGCAACGUGCACGUCAAUCGCGAGCAGGGGCAGGCAUCAAAUCGGAAGCGAAAUACGAACGGGCAAAACGUGCAAGACACUCGGCCGUUGCAGCUUGGGACAUUGACUGUUGACAAGGAAACGUUGAAAAGGUUGCGCUGGCAAGACAGCGCGCAGGGGCAGGCGGAGCAGGCCAUGGACAGUGGUCGGAAAAUGUUUGUGCAGGCCAUAACCUUGGGGCAGGCUGGACAGAACAAGCUCGUUGUUACGUAUCUUCCGAUGAUUGAAGACGAAGAACAUAGCAGCAAGAAUGGGAACAAAGCGGCUGCUGCACGCACAGGAACUUCUACUUUUUUAUCUCAGGGACGACGAGCGCGCGAUGUGUGCGCGAGGUUGCGGGCACUGAACCUCGCGCGAACGCUGCACAAGCAGCCGGAGUACACGUGGUACAAGUUGUGCGAAUGGCUUCAGGUCGACAUGAUGGAGGUGUUGGUGAGCUCCCUGAGCCACACGCCCUGGUUCCGUUUUCCUUUCACCGACUUCGUGCGGAUGUACUUUGACGUGUUGAGCAAGGAAGCGGGGAUCGUCGAGGAGUCGUACGGCUUCUGGACCGCCUACACGUCCACCGCGUUUUUCACAGACCUGAUCCCGGGCGUGGUCAUGGGCGGCCUCUUUGCGCAGCUAGCCUUGUUGGCCAAGCCCCUCCGCAUGCUGACGCCCGAAGAAGGGUACCAAGGCUUUGACCAGCAAAACUUCCGCGAACAAGCCGUGCUGCUGUGCACGAAGAUUGAUACAGUAUCAGGAGCGUCUUCCUCGUUGUUCAGUUCUCGCCCAGAUCAGGACCAGUUGUUAGAGGAAAAAAUCGCUAGCGAGCGCUUCUGGAAAGAGAUAGAUCCGGUCCAAAUCAAGACUGUGGACGUCGUCGACUUGGGCUGCACCAGCAUGCAGCCAGAAACUGCGGUAGACAGCGGUAAGAAUCGAAAUCCGCAAGAACGUCAGGAAAUUGUCAUUCUGGAAACCCUUCCGUUCAAGGCAUUGGGGGAGGUUUUGGAAAAAAUCGCUCUCCGAGUACCGGACUGCGCCCAAGUGCUGGAAAUCAGUGGGCAGCAAGAAGUGCAAGUCCGCGUGUCGGUUCAGGACCUCAAAAAUCAGGAAGAGCCAGUACAGCGGAGCAACGCAAACACUGCCGAGCAGCUGGGAGAUGAUGCUCCUGCGAGGAAAAAGGUGUGUGUUGAACGGCUUGCGGACAUUCCCGGUUGCGAGAUUGCUUUCGAGUACGAAUACCCACAAGUGGGAGACGUGAAGCUGCCGCUGCAAGUCGCACUGAAGGUGCAGUGCUGUGCGAUCCUGGAAUUGCUUCGUACUUGCAGGCUAUUGAAUACGGCCGAGGUCGCUGUCGUCGUAGAACAGGUGUACGACUUCUGGGGAGGCGAUAAUUGAGUAAAAGCAGGACGCUGCUUCAAGUACCGUAAGCGUAAUCAAUAAAAAGAAAAUCUUCGAAACGGGAGCUGUGUUCGCCUUCGACCUGGAACAAGCCUCGUAAGUCUAAAACUGGCUUUCUCUCUCUUCGGACUGCAUGAGUGACACAUUUUUCUCUCUCUCAGACGGCAUCGAUAAAACGAUACUUGGCAACCACUGCUGCUGUGAAGACUUUUCCUGCAAGGUUUUUCGG